AUGUCAGAGAGGCAACAAAUGGAGAAAAUCCAGCAGUUGGCUGAUUUGAAAGUGCAGCUACAAAUGGCCGCAAUGGAAGCUGCAGUAGCGAAGGCCGAAGCUGAAAAGGCACGACAACAGUUGGAUAACUUGUUGAAGAAACGUGAAGAUGGUCACGAUGAAGAGAAACGAUUCGACGAUACAACCAGGCACAGUAAAUAG